GUCUCUCACCAGCACCACUGUCGACUCGAAGAAAUAUCUCGCUCCCAUUGGCCCCUCCCCCAACCGCCUCUGACACCGGCUUGCCGCAACUACGACCAUCGCCACCCCGACGAGAAUCGCAAACGACGAACGAGCAGCAAACCGGAAGAGCAAGUGGCACACUAAGAAAGAGUUGCAAGACAGUGACGCAUUCAUUGGUGGUAGGGUCUCUGUUCAUUCGUCCCUUACUGCCGUGCGCCGGCUGGCGCGUCGCUCGCGAUGAGUGAUCUGGACAAGGCCAUCGCACAGUUGCGAGCAUGUCGGCCGAUCCCAGAAGUCCAGGUGCGCGAGCUGUGUUACAAGGCGCGAGAACUACUCAUUGAGGAGGGCAACGUGGUCAGCGUGGAUGCGCCAGUAACGAUAUGCGGUGACAUACAUGGACAGUUUCAUGAUCUCAUGGAGCUCUUUCGCGUUGGCGGCGAUGUUCCCGACACCAAUUACCUUUUCAUGGGCGACUUUGUCGACCGCGGCUUUUAUUCCCUGGAGUCUUUCUUACUUCUGCUGUGUUUGAAAGUGCGCUACCCAGAUCGCAUCACCCUCAUUCGCGGCAAUCACGAAUCACGGCAAAUUACGACAGUCUACGGCUUUUACGACGAAUGCUUACGAAAAUAUGGCAGCGCCAAUGUGUGGCGGUACUGCUGUGAGGUGUUUGACUAUCUCGCGCUGGGCGCCCUGGUGAUGGGCGCCGCUGGAGAUAUCGACCCAACCGACGCGCCGUUUGCAGAACCAUCGAUGAUCCACCCGGAACAUGAUGAGGUUGAAAUAGAAAUCUUGAAUUCCCAAGGUCAGAUCAUGAAUCGGUAUGCGCGCUCCAAGCCUCCAGGACUACCAGAGGACAACUCCAGUGUGUCGAAUAAUGCUUCGUCACCCUCACAGACGACGCAAAGUGGUCCACCGGGCACCAGCGCAGCAGGCGCGAGCAGAGGGAGCUCGAACAACACAGGCGGUGCAGUGCUUUGCGUACAUGGUGGUCUCAGUCCCCUGAUAGACAGCAUCGACAAGAUCCGGCUUCUGGACCGCAAGCAAGAAGUACCUCACGAAGGUGCAAUGUGUGAUCUCCUCUGGUCCGACCCUGAUGAGAUCGAUGGAUGGGGAUUAUCACCUCGUGGCGCAGGUUUCUUGUUUGGCGCCGACAUUGUCAAAUGCUUCAACCACAAAAACGACCUCAGUCUGAUCUGCCGCGCGCACCAGCUCGUGAUGGAGGGCUUCAAGGAGAUGUUCGACAGCACGAUCGUCACAGUGUGGUCAGCGCCGAAUUACUGCUACAGAUGUGGCAAUGUUGCGGCAAUUCUGGAACUCAGCGAAGACGGCGCUAAUGCUGGGUACAUGCCGAGAAGCAAUGGCGACGCAAACAGAUCCAACGGAAUUCUGUCUGAGCGCCAGGACAACAAGCCCGCACCAGGAAGGAGGUACCGUGUCUUUGACGCUGCACCGCAGGACAGCAGAGGCAUGCCGGCGAAAAAGCCGGUCGCAGAUUACUUCCUGUGAGGUGAUGUAGCAUGAGAGAGACUUGGUGUAUACAAUUGGAUGUGGAGCGUUUACAGAUACCCAUUAAGCAUUGUGUACAAAGUGCGACAGCAUUGAUACGCCUGUAGGCGAAGCUGCC